AUGGGCGCCAAGCAGAGCGGCCCGGCCGCUGCUAACGGCCGCACCCGCGCGUACUCGGGCUCGGAUUUACCUUCCAGCAGCAGCAGCAGCGGAGGGGCCAACGGGACCGCGGGCGGCGGGGCGCGAGCCGCAGCUGCUGGGCGGUUUCCGGCUCAGGUGCCCAGCGCGCACCAGCCCAGCGCCUCCGGCGGCGCCGCGGCGGCCUCGGCGGCCCCGCGCAGCCGCUCCCUCGGCGGGGCCGUGGGGACCGUGGCGUCGGGGGCCCGAGCGGCUCAGUCCACCUUCAGCAUCCCCAACAGCAGCAGCGGCCCGUACGGCUCGCAGGACUCCGUUCACAGCAGCCCGGAGGACGGCGGCAGCAGCGGCGGCAGGGACCGGCCGGCGAGCGGGGGUCCCGGAGGGCCGCGCCUGGUGAUCGGCUCCCUACCAGCUCACCUCUCGCCGCACAUGUUUGGAGGAUUUAAGUGCCCUGUAUGCUCAAAAUUUGUACCCUCAGAUGAAAUGGAUUUGCAUCUUGUGAUGUGUUUAACAAAGCCAAGAAUAACCUAUAAUGAGGAUGUACUGAGUAAAGAUGCUGGGGAAUGUGCAAUAUGCCUUGAAGAACUGCAGCAGGGAGAUACUAUAGCACGACUGCCUUGUCUGUGCAUAUAUCAUAAAGGCUGCAUAGAUGAAUGGUUUGAAGUAAAUAGAUCUUGCCCUGAGCACCCUUCAGAUUAAGCAUCAGCCUCCUGUCUUAUAGGUUUCCUUGACUUCAAGAUGCUUGAAAAACCAAGAGGAUACGAUCUGUCUCUGGAAAAACAAAAACAAAAAUGCAGGCACACUCAGCCAGAUAUCUAAGUUCUGUGAGACUCAGUAAUGCAGAGAUGGACAAUCAUAUAGGAGAAAAAAUCCUGCUGAAGAGAGGACAAUUGCCACAGAACUCAGUGUACCAAACAUGCAUAUAAAGGACACGCAGGGAUUUUGAAAAUGCUGCACAUCCCUUAGUAGUCAUCUACAUAGGUAAUACUGAUGAACAUUUUGUAUUCAGACGCCAAAGUUAACUGAUUUAAAAGUUGAUUUACUUUUUAUUAAGUUCUCUAGGGCUGCACAACUACUUGUGUUUGAUUUGUUUUGGUUUUUAGUUUGGGGACCCUUUAUUUUCCCAACAUGAUGUUCCUGCAUUCAUCAGUUCUUAAAUUGAAGACCACGUAAUUUACUUCUUAAAAAUUAAAGUCUUAAAUGUGAAACCAAGAAAUGUAAUCAAGCAGUAAAACAUUCUCUGAAUGUAGACCAUGAUCUCAAGUUCUUCGAUUUUUUUUUUCUCCCCCAAGAGUAGAAAAUAGGCUUCUACAUAGGAAAGCUACAGUAUGUCACUAUUGUAAAUUAAAGGUUUAACAUUAUCAGAAUGCAGUCCAAAGAAUAAAAAAAUCAAGUUACAUAUAAUAUUCUAAUUAAUUAAAUCUAGGAUUAUCUACUGAAUUGCAAUUUAUUAAAUAUGUUACUUCCUUUUUAAAUAAAACUGCUCAACAGGUAAUCAGCAAUGAAUCAUCUUGCAGCUAUGCAACUUAAAAAAAAAAUAAUUACCAAUUUUAAGUGCUGCCAGCUAUAAUAACUUUGUUUUAACGGGUAUUUUUAUUUGUUCUCUUCAUGUAAUGUGCUUUGCAUCUCCAGGCAGUUUUCCUACAUUUAGGUAAAAUGUUUAGCAGGUUGUAAUACUUUAAUAACUUACAAAAAGGGUAAAACAAAAUUUUCUUGAGUGGAACUUGGAAUAAUUUGAGGGACAUUUUUAUAUACUUUUAAAAAUCAGAAUUUAAUUGGGAUGCCAGAUUUAUAGCAAUUUGCAUCUUUAAUUUUCCAGAUAGUCUGGAGUUUAGCAUUUGAUAAAUGAUUUUUUAAAGCAGACAUAAAGAUUUUGUUAAUUUAUAAUUUAUUAAUGUGUUAUUACUAUAAUUAAAAUGUUACAGAGAGUUUUAAAUUCAGUCUUGUAUAGAAAGAAAUGUAUUAAGCAAAAUUAUGUGAAUAAAUAUUCCCACAAAAUACA